AUGGACCCAGCACUGCAGCAAUCCUUGGUAGGCUUCCGACAGGAGCUGCAGCAGCUUUUCGCCGCGCAGAAGCGGCACGACGCCACCCGCCAGCAGCUCAAGGAUCUCUACGUGCGCCUCUUGUGCGGCAAGUCCGGCACCGGACGGGAAGAAGCUUCUGCUCCGGAGAAGGAGAAGGUGGGCAUCGCAGGCGUCGGGCGAAACGAGACCUCCCCGAACUCCAAGGGCGCGAGGGCCCAGGCGCACGCGCUGAGCCUGCAGCCCCUGGGCGGCGACCAGGCGGUGCGGCGCAUGGCCGCGGAGCAUCUGAAACUGGAGGUGGGGAGCAAAAACAGUAUCCAGGACCUCUGGGCGGACGAGAUCUCGGAGUCCGUGGCCCGGGUCUCCGUGCUGCUGGCCGGCGCCGGCGCCGAGUGCCGGCAGAUCACCCUGGAGAAGCCCAAGGGCGCGCUGAGGCGCGCGGGGGAGUCGGGAGUCGGGAGCGUCAGGGCAUCGGUAGUGGGAAGCGAGGUCUGGUAA